AUGCAGCAAGGACAAUCUUAUCCUCCUAAUUCCCUGCAGACCAAGAUUGCUGCAAGAUUACCACUGCAUUGGUGAGUAAAUAAUAUCAAAUAUUUUUGAUAAUCAUUAUUAGACCGCGGAAAUUUUUUGUAAAAUUUUAUAUAACUAAACCUAAUCUAAUGCAAUGUAAAUUCAGAUUUGUUUUAUCUUCUAAAUCUAAACAUAGGAAUAUUUGUGUAUUUGUUGCAUAUACAUGUCUUAUCAAAUUUUUAAAUUUUUAUUAAACAAGUGUAUAAGUAUAUCUGCAGUUUUACUUGCACAUUUUACUUCUUUCAUUUUAAAAUGUACUCACUAUAAAAUCGUGAUUAAUUUUAAAGAAUUCGAUUUGAAUGAAUUUGAAAAAUAGAAUUCACACAAGGGUGGUAUCGUUUUAGUCUUUAUUAAUAGAAUAUAUCCAUCAAUAUUGGCAAAUGUUCGAGAUGGAAGAUAAUUUCAUGCGUUAAAACAAGAUUACAGAAAGGGGAAAUAAUAUAUUUAAUAUGCAUAAUUUUUACCGCCAAAUAUAAAAUUAGGACAACAAUCGAUACUUCCUUCUAUAGUUAACUGAUUGCUAUAGAUAGUAUACCACUGCCUUUGAUUCCUCCAUACUUUGCGUGUUUGUGGAUAAGUAAAGAAUAAAAUCUAAUAAUAAGAGAAACUUGACUUAUCUUAUCAAGUUUAUUAGAAUGACUUAUUUUAAUAACUGAAUAUUUAUUUAUUAACGAUUUUUGUACAGCGUUGUCAGUUGACACGUCAUCUACAAGUGACAAGUUGUCCCAAAUUUUGUUUUCGUUUAUUACGGUUAUUUACGACAUAAUAUAAAAUACAUUUAAAAUAUCAGUUAUCAUUCAACAUAACAUUUCGUAAGGAAAAUUUUGUAUCAUUUUUGUGAUUAGAAUGAUGCAAUUAUUAAAACCAUAUUGUUAUUUAUUGAGGUUAUAGGAGAAUGUAAUUUAAGUGUUUUUAAUUAAUUUCCUCGAGAUUUUUUUAGAAUUGUAACUUUUUUGCGUUUGUUAAAUAAUUUUGUUUUGAUGUUCUAUUUAAUUUAAAUAUAUAAGUUUAAUUAAAUUUUUAUGAUAGUUAAAUUAAUUAAAUUUUGUAAUUAAUUAGUUAAAUUUGUUAAAUUUGUUAAAUUAGUUAAAUUUGUUCUUCGUUUACUAUAAAAUCAGAGAGAAAUGAUUUAAUCUCAUAUAUAUUUGUAUAUAAUAUAUUUUGAAAUAUUAGGUAUAAAAUGUCUUCAGAUGUCAUGAGCUCAGAUUUUGGCAAGAAUAAAAAUGUAUUGCUGACUAGGCGGUACUUUGUAGUUGAUGCAAAAGAUACUAUUGACGAUAGAAGUUUACAUAUUACAAUUCCAUCUGAAAAGUUAAUUAGUAGCGAAUUGCAAAUAGAUGUACAGUCCGAUGAUAAAUCAAAACCAGAUGUGAAUACUGUAAAACUUAUGAUAGAUUCUAAAGAAGAUCAAACUAAAGGUGAUAAUCAAAAUUUUCACAAAACACUCAUAAGUGAUAAAAUUGUUGGUCAUCAAUUGAGAUUUAGUACUCACAAUGAAAGUAAUUAUAAAAGUAAAGAUAGUGGUGCAUCUAUUCAACCGGAAUAUGAUGCAAGCAUAGACGAAAGGUUACCAGAAACAGUAACAUUACUUACUACACCAGAGGGAGGAAAACUAUAUUUAGUAGGCACAGCACAUUUUAGUGUUGAGAGCCAAAAUGACGUUGCAACGAUCAUUCAGGCUGUGCAGCCUCAGAUAGUUGUAGUUGAGUUGUGUAAAGCUAGAAUCGACGUUAUAAACAUUAACGAGGAAGCUCUGUAUCGUAAUGCAACAGAUUUAAGUAUUAAAAGUUUGACUGAAACGAUAAGACACUAUGGAGCUUAUAAUGGAUUGUUACAUAUUAUGUUAUACCGCAUGGUAGCUCAUGUUGUUAAGGAACUUGGAAUGCCACCAGGUGGUGAAUUUCGUAUAGCGUUUGAAGAGGCGAAAAAGGUACCAAACUGUAUUAUUCAGUUAGCGGAUCGCUCGAUUAAUGUAACGCUCCAACGUGCAUUGAGAGAAUUAUCUUGGUGGGAAAUAAUAAAACUUGCUUGGCUAAUGGUACGAUUAGACUCCCACAUUAGUAAACAAGAUGUAGAGCGUUAUAAGCGGAAAUCAGUGAUAGAACAAAUGAUUUCAUCAUUGAGGGAAGAAUAUCCAGCUAUAGAGAGGACAUUUGUCACAGAAAGGGACAUGUAUCUUACAUACCAUCUUCAGAUGGCUACUGUAGCGCAACAUACUUCGCAAGGGCUAAAAGUACCAAGAGUUGUAGGAGUUGUUGGCAUAGGACAUAUCAAUGGGAUAGUCGAAAACUGGGGAAAAGUGAAAGACUCCGACAUAUGGCCUAUUAUACGAGUACCUCCUCAACCUUUAUCAAGCAAAAUAUUGAAAUUCACAAUUAAAGCCUCCUUAUUGGGAGUUACCAUUUAUGUGGGAUAUAAAAUUAUACCAUUACCUUUCACUAGUACGUUGCAAUCAAUCAAAUCGUCGCUCGAAGGAUUGUUAAAGGUCAGUGUUAAGCAGUAG